UUACACUUGCAAUCUCGUACAGUUAGCAUCGAGUAAAAAAACUACGUCUAUAUUUUUUUAGUAUCUUCUAUUUUUUAUACAAUUUUUGCAAAGUUUUAUUUACAAAAUUUCACGUAAAAAUUCUUUGUCAAAGUAGCUUAAACAACAUUUAACCAUGUCGAAUCACCAUGAUACAGCAAACAAUGCGCUGCCAACACAAAGUGUGAUGUAUUCUCAAUUGCAGCCAUGGAGUCAGGCCGGAGCACCGCCCUGCAUGGAGCCCGUUGGUGGACCCGCGGUGCCCACACGUUUGGCCGCCAGCUAUGAGACAACGCAACGUCAUCCCUGGCGCCCAAAGAUGGCUUUCGAAAUGAUUGAGAUUAAGCAUAUGCCCGAGCAGCCGGUGACAAAUCAAAUGACACAGCCAUGCUUUGUGCCCCAAGGAAUGAAGACCGAGGGGAUGAUUUUCCCCAAUUUGGUGACGGGUUUCGAGCGGAACCCGCAGCAUGCGGCACGUGCUGCACUUUACACGCGCUACACCAACAACGAGUGGCACAGCAACAAUCUGGGAAUCUACGGCGAGUCGAAUACAAAUCGUAAUUUAUCCGAACGUAUGCGCAAUGAUGCAGUGCGUCUAAUGCGCGAGACGGACGAAACGGCGACGGCAGGUCAACGUGAUGCUGGCCGUCGUUUAGGUGAGCGCAUCACGGACUUGACUUUUUGGCGCAAUGAACUCAAUGCCGAACUGGAAAAGCUCAUUGGCGAGAUGUCGGACAUCAAUGAGCUGCAGCGUCAAUGCGGUAAAGCCAUGUUGGAUCUGGAGGUGCCGCUGCACAUUGCCCAGGAGUGUCUGUUUCAUCGCGAGGCGCGACAGGGUAUGGAGAAGGUGCACGAUAACGUGGAGAAAGCGCUGCUGUUGGAGAUAAAUCAUUUGCGUAACUCACGCGAUCGCCUCAAGGAGCUGCACGAGAAGAUCGCCAAGCAGGCGAUCGAUUGUCGGGGCGCUCAGCAUUUGCUUGAGAUCGACGUCACACAGAAGGAGUCGACAAUGGGCAUUGAUUCGAUGUGUCAUCGCUUGAACAACUACAGUCGUGGCAUCACUUAUUUUGGUGGCAUUGAGAAAUACGAUCCAACUGUCAGCAGUCAGGAUUCCUGGGCACUUGCCAGCAGCGAGCAUGUGAAGCGUUCACAGGCUGAGCGCGCCAAACUUUCGCAGUUGCGCAGUGACUCACAAAAUGUGGUCAAUGCGGUCGCGUCAUCCGUCUGGGACUUUUGGAAUAACACAAAUAAUGCGCUCGAUCGGCGCUCUCAGGAGAUGGCGGGUGCCAAGAAUCGCGUGCAAUUGCACUUGCAGAAGGUGCAACAGGAGUUGUUCGAUAUGGAGAAGCAUCUAUUUCUACUGCAGAAGGCCAUACAGGACAAGUCGAAUCCACUUAAGGUCGCUCAGACUCGGCUCGAGGCACGCUCACAUCGCGAGGGCAUGGAGCUCUGCAAGGAUACGGCCCACGAUCGACUUGUGCAGGAGGUGCAAGACAUUCAGGGCACUGUUGACGUGCUGCACCAUAAGUUGCAGGAAGCGGAGGCCACUCAUCAAUCGUUGCUGAAGACACGCUGCAUCCUGGAGGAGGAUUUGAGGAACAAGGUCAACGCCUUGUUUAUUGAUCGCGAGAAGUGCAUGAGUCUGCGCCGCUCUUUCCCCAUCAGCAACUUAAUUCGCUAUUAAUUGCUAAGUACAUGCGUUAAAUUGUCCCAAAUUGCAUAACGUAUUUAAUUAUAUAUUAUAAUUAAUGUGCGUAUUU